AUGGGUCAGAUUGUGACUGAUCGCAAUAGAAAAGCUAGUAUUUUUAGGAGGGAUAUGAUGGUUGACCUGGGCUGUGAGAUAAAUGUUAAUCAAGCCCAUAGAGCUAAGAAAGUCGCUCUGCAAAAUCUUGAAGGAAAUAGUGAUAUGCAAUAUGCUAAGUUGUGGGAGUACUCUAAAGAGAUAAGGAGGACAAAUCCUGGGUCCACAGCCUUCAAGUUUUGCAGGCCUAUUAUUGGAAUUGAUGGGUGCCAUCUAAAAGGUCCUUACCAUGGCAUAAUGUUAACUGCUGUCGGAAUGGAUGCAAACAAUGGCAUCUAUCCUAUUGCUAAAGGUGUGGUGAGUAAUGAGUGCAAAGAUACUUGGGGAUGGUUUUUAGUGGUUUUGAAACAAGAUUUAGGGAUUGAAGAUGAUAGUGAGUACACAUUUAUGUCUGACAAGCAAAAAUGCUUAAUCCAAGCAAUGUCUUUUGUGUUUCCAAAUGCUAGAAAUGUUAAUAUUGAUUAUGCUAGAAUGGAUAGGAAACAUGGUAUAAUGGUUAGGUUUCAGACAAGCAGAGAAAUUUCAACUACCAAAUGGAGAUGGAGAAUUUGCCCUAGGAUCAAACAACUACUUGAGAAUAAUGUUGGAAAGAGGCAGAAGAGAGAUGAUUUUGUUCAUGAGUGCUACAGUGUGGAGACAUUUAAGAAGAUAUAUGCUGCUAGUAUAAUUGGUGUGAGUGGUCCUCAAUUAUGGAAUGAUAGCAUGUACAUUCCACCUCUACCUCCAAGAAUGGAGAAAGGAAAAGGUAAGCAAUCAAUGGCCAGAAGGAAGACACCUGAUGAGGCAGCUGAGAAGAAACACAAGAAAAAAACCAAACUUAGGAGGAGACAAUACACAGUGACCUGUAGCAAGUGUGGAAUCGGAGGGAAUAAUGCCAAAGGUCGUGGAAAGAAAAAAGGUGAAUAG